AUGUCGCGCUUUGUCCGCCCUUCCAAGUACCGUCAUGUCUAUGGCGAGAAGGCCAAGGUCUCAUACGAGAACGCCAAGAUCUCAGGCUCGGCGUGGGACACCGACCUCGUCACGGCCGGAGGGAAGUAUAUUGCUGUCAACUGGCAGGUGUCGGGCGGAGGGGCCUUCGCGGUACUGCCAAAUUUCUCCGCUUUCUCCGCUCCUUCCCCUACAGGCUUCCCUACCAAGCUUCCCGACAUCCUCCCUUUGGCAAGGGGCCAUACCGCACCGGUGCUCGAUACUGCGUGGUCCCCGUUCGACGACAACCUCGUCGUCUCGGCUGGCGAGGAUGGUAAGAUCGCUAUCUGGAAGAUCGAGGAUUCGCUCUUUGAGGGUUGGGGCGAGGAUCACUGGUCUCCCUCCGACCUGAGCCCUACCGCUCGCCUGAACGCUGGAGGACGUAAAGUCGGCCAAGUCAUAUUCCACCCCACGGCCUCGAACCUUCUUACUUCCGCCUCAGGGGACCAUAUCAUCCGUCUCUGGGAUAUCGAGAAGGGAGGUGAUAGCGCAAGCUUGCAGCUCAAUGGUCACGGCGAUGGAAUCCAAGGACUGGCUUGGAAUGCUGUUGGAACUACGCUUGCUACCACCUGCCGAGACAAGAAACUCCGGCUCUUCGACCCCCGAGCUGGAUCGGAUCCUGUCCGUGUCACAGAUGGACAUUCAGGCGUCAAGGGCUCAAGGGUCGUUUGGUUGGGUGACCGGGACAGGAUCGUGACUACCGGCUUCAGCAGGAUGUCGGAUCGCCAAGUCGGACUUUGGGAUACCAGCGGACUGACCAACAUCGAAAUGACCUCUUUAGAUUCGAGCGCUGGGGUGCUCAUGCCGUUCUUUGCUGAAGGCAACGAUGUGCUCUUCCUUGCUGGAAAGGGUGAUGGAAAUAUCAGGUAUUACGAGUAUGAAAACGACUCGCUACACUUCUUGACCGAGUACAAAUCGUCUGAGCCUCAACGCGGCAUGACACUCCUCCCUCGCCGAUCUCUCGACGUCGGGCAAAACGAAAUUGCUCGAGCGUACAAGCUGGCCGGAACGACCAUCUCCCCAUUGAGCUUCAUGGUCCCCCGAAAGUCGGAGAGCUUCCAGUCAGACAUUUUCCCACCCGCCAACUCUGCCGAGGCCGCUCUCAGUUCUUCUUCCUGGCUUUCAGGCAAGAACGCCCAGCCCAAGAUGAUCGACCUCGAAACCCAGGCGAUCUCUUCCUCGUCCGCACCGGUCCCCUCUGCCCCGGCUGCACAGCCGAGCAAGACGAAGUCGAUGGGUACACCCUCAGCCGCUUCUGCCUACACCCCAACUCGGUCCGACUCAACACCCACGCCCGCCAAGACUGAGGGGAAGGACCCCAAGAUCCAAGCCGAGACGGCCGCUGCGGCUCACGUUUCCGCUGUGACUGCCUCCCCGCCCUUCCCCAACUCGGGCGCCCCGACGCCCAACAAGGCGCCAGAGCAGGAUGGAAAGGAGAUUGAGCAGCCGGACAGCGAGAGCGAGGGAGAGGAUGUCAAGAUGAAGGAGGAUAUGGCGGCGUUGAAGGCUGUUGAUAAGAAGGAGGCGCCGGCGGCUAAGGAGGAGAAGAAGGAGGCGAAGCCGGAGGUCAAGGAAGUUCCCCCGCCGAAGGCUAGCGAUGUUGCUGUGCCCAAGACCCACCUCCUCGUCAAGAAGCUUUCGGACCGCGCUACCACCCCUACCCGCGGAUCAGCCCUUUCAGCAGGUUACGACCUCUACUCUGCAGAAGACAAGGUCGUCCCUAAGCGGGGCAAGGUGCUGGUGGAUCUGCAGCUGAGCGUGGCUGUUCCUGAUGGAUGUUAUGGACGAGUUGCGCCGAGGAGCGGGCUGGCCUCAAAGCACUCGAUCGAUACCGGCGCAGGGGUCAUCGACGCGGACUACAGAGGACCAGUCAUGGUUCUGCUGUUCAACUUUUCAGAUGAGGACUUCACCGUCAAGCAAGGUGAUCGAAUUGCUCAGCUCAUCCUGGAACGGAUCGUCCUUGCGCCCAUUCUCGAAGUUGACGAUCUGGAGGCUACUGCGCGUGGCUCGGGCGGCUUUGGCUCGACGGGCGGGUUCGGAGCUUGA